AUGCUUCCCAUUAAAGUCUUCUCUUUAUCUCGGAUUUUUGUUUUGCUAGCAAUCUUCCGACAAAUACACGCUAUUUCCAUUAACAGCUCUACUUUCCAGGUUUCUAACUCUUUUACACUACUGAACAACGCAUCGACUCUAUUCCCAGUACCAUUUGAUGCAUAUACUAAAGAAUAUCUAAGGACUUCGGCUCUGUUGACUUGUGCUAAAGACUCACAGUUUUCUGCAUCGUAUUUCGAAGCUGCUUUUUUCCCGAGAAAUAAUACUCUAUUCUUUAAUGUUGAAGCACAAACAAUUAUGAGCGAAAACAUAACCAUCAAGGCAGAAUUGAUUGCAUAUGGUCUCAAUGUUUAUACCAAAGUUUUUGAUCUAUGUGGAAUCCAAGAUAAUUUAUUAUGUCCGUUGAAGCCGGGAAAUAUAGAACUCAUGGGAAGUUAUUAUGUUGAGGCCGCGGUAGCUAGCCAAAUACCAAGCAUAACAUAUAAUAUACCUGACUUAGACGCAUAUAUUGUGGUGACAGCAUACUCCACUAUUGAUAAAGAAUUUACCAAACCUCUAGCAUGUGUACAAGUGAUGUUAUCAAAUGGUAGAACAGUCCAAACAGAGUAUUUAUCGUGGAAUCUAGUGAUAUUGACAAUUUCCGGAAUUAUGUUUUCAGUGGUUUAUUCUUUGCAAGGUUAUACGGUUACUUCAACAAGACUGGCGUCUUAUUCAAUAUCGCUACUUUUAUAUUUCCAAAAUUUGGCUAUUUUAGCUAUGAUUAGUGUAUCAUUUUUACCGCCUAUUGUCGCCGCUUGGACUCAAAAUUUCCAAUGGUCAAUGGGAAUAAUAAGGAUAAAUUUUAUGCAGCGGUUAUUUGACUGGUAUGUUGUCGCAACAUCUGGGUCCCCCACCGUUGUAUACCGCAAUAAAGAAGUUUUAUCGAUCAGUGUUCAAAAAAGAUCCUUGAACAGUAAAAUCAUAUCAGCGUCAAGUAAUUUAAAUGGUAUUGAAAGUUCCCAAAAAAAUGAUUUAUUAUACACUUCAAAUUUGAGAAAUUCAAAUGACUAUCUGUCAAAAAUUUUAGUAUUAAGAGGUAUUAAAAGGGUGUCUUACAAAGCUGGAAUUGAGAUAUCAAAUUUCUUUUUAACGGGAUUUUCCUUCUUUAUCAUAUUCAUUUGUAUGAUAAUAUUGGCGUUUAUUAUCUUCAAAACAUUUUUGAAAGUACUUCAGAAGUUUAAAGUUAAGACAAUUAGAUAUUUACACUUCCACACACAUUGGAGUGCACUUUUACAGGGGACACUAUAUCGAGCGGUGUUCAUAAUUUAUUCUGAGAUAUCUCUUUUAGCACUUUGGGAGUUCACUCAAACAGACUCAGCAGCUACCUUAGUGGAGGCAAUCGUUGUUUUCAUUUUGAUUACAGUCUUGUUAUCAUCCGCAAGCGUAAGAAUAUGGAGGAAGAUGAUCAAGUCUAAGAAAAUAUUUGGCCAGCCAAGCUAUUUACUCUUCAGUAGCUCGAAAUUCUUAAACAAGUUCGGCUUUCUUUCCUCUCAAUUUAAGUCUACAAAAGUCUGGUGGUUAAUGGCGACCUCUGCACACAUGCUUAUUAGGUCUAUACUAGUGGGUUCUCUACAAGCGCACGGAAAAUCUCAAUCUAUUGGUAUCUUUUUGAAUGAAGCUAUCUAUCUCAUCCUUUUGUGCUGGAUGCAACCUUACAUGGAUAAAACAACCAACUUCUUCAAUAUUAGUAUCCAUUCACUGAAUUUAGUGAACGCAUUUUUUUUCUUAUUUUUCAGUAACUUAUUUCAGCAGCCCAUAGCUGUGUCUUCUUUUAUGGGACUAAUUUUCUUUUUUCUAAAUGCAGCGUUUUCUUUGUAUCUCUUCAUUUUCAUAUUGAUAUGCUUUACGAUGGCAAUAUACUACAAACACCCUGAUACAAGAUACAAACCUAUUGAUGAUCAAAGACGAUCCUUUUUGAAGGGUGAAAUGGAUGAUGAUGCGGUUUACGAAUCGGUCCCGGAACUGCACGAAAUGAAGAAAGCCGUUCUUGAAUGCAACGGUAUUCAAAAGCCGCAGAUCAAUAAGAUUGACCUUUGUAAACAAAAUUCGAACUGUGAAUAUCUGUAUAUGUGA